AAGCGAGACAAAGCAGAGCAAAGCAAAGCAAAGCAAAGCCAAGCAGAGGGUUUCCAUCCAUUUAGGUCGCCUGGUGAAGAGGAGUGGGGGAUGUCGUGCAGAAGUGGAGCGGCUCGGGGGGGCAGCAACCCCAACCUGCAGCCCCUCAGAGCCACGGUCCCAUACCAGCUCCAGAGGAAUAAAAUCCUGCUCUGCAAAGAUGUCAAGACGGCUGACAGAACCACGUCUCGACCUCCCAAACCCACCAUACGCCGAACCCUGUCCCUGGAUGCCAUCAUUGGACCCUACCUGCAGGGACAGUGGCCCAAAGAGGCAGAGAGUCCAGCAGUCACCUGUGUCAAUGACAAAGCCACACAGACGCCGAGCUCUUGGGCAGAGGAGACCCGUGGAAGGAGAAGUAUUGGUGGACACAAGCGCUCAGCGUCAUGGGGCAGUGCAGAGCACUUGAGGGAGGUGGCCAAGCUGAGGCACCAGUUGCAGAAGCGCUCCCGCCACGCCCCUCCCUCUGCGGGAUAUGAACUCCCCCACCACCCUCUGCCUGCGGGCCAUGCAGCAGGCAUCACUCAGACAAUGCCCCUGAUGCCGCUGAACAGACUCGCUCCCCGGCUGAGACGCAGCGUGGAAGGGCUCAACCUCGAGCUGGAAGAAGUGUUUGUGUCUGAGAAGUCUGACGAUCAGCAUGAGAUUUUGGAUGUCCCAGACGGUCACAGAGCGCCUGUCCCUGCCCAGAGAUGCAGCAGUGGCUCCCAAAGCGAGCCGUCCCCAGCUCCCCUGGAUCCCUCCCUCCUGUCUCCCUCUCAGUCGCCCUGCCCCCUGGAUCCAUCGCUCCUGUCGCCUUCUCAUUCUCCUUGUCCCCUGAACCCGUCUCUCCUGUCCCCAGCUCAGUCUCCCUGCCCCAUGGGCGAGCCAGAGCCAGUUGGAUGUGACGCCCUGUGUCCUUCUCCAUCGACGUCGCUCCCUCCGUUUGUGCUGGAUCCUCCUCUGCUGCAGCCCUCCUCCUCUUCCUCUUCCUCCCCCCGUCCCAACAAAACCUGCUCCUUCCAGAGGGAGCCGCCAGAGGGCUGUGAGCGUGUCCGUGUGUGUGAAGAGGCGAUGUCUGCGUGUCAGGGCGAGCCUCUCCUCCAGCCGUCCUGCCCUGACCCCAAUAAAGUCAACUUCACCCCCCACGGUGGCUCCGCCUUCUGCCCUGUCAGUCUUCUGAAGCCCCUCUUGCCCUCUAUGGACCUCCUCUUCCGCGGCCUGUCAGUCUCUCCCGUCACCGGCUGCCCGGGCCAGGCCUCCCCGACCAGGCAGCUGGGCAUGCCGUAGCCUCAGGGUGGAUAUCAGGGUGGACCCGGUCAGGAGCCGACCGCGCUGCUGACAGAACCAGGGGAUUUUUCUGGAGCUGGAAAAA